AGUGUGUCACUAACCCCCAUUUUUAUUCAAGGUUAGUGAUAUAGUAUCCUAACUACAGACGUCACACCAUGAGGUUGCUGCUCUUCUCGGCAGCCCUUCUUCUGUGCUCCGUCCCAACGUGGGCCUUCUCUCUGUCAUCAUUCUUCGGAAGCGAUGUUGCACAAAAGCCAUACCUUCAUCCAAACUCCCCACCGGAGCGUGACCCGGCGAGUUCCAGAAUGAAGAGACAGGCAUAUCAAGUGUACGUUGAUGGAGAUGUUUCCGUUACUGUUGACAAGUCUGGACAAAAGGAAACCGGCAACUGGGGACCAUGGGUGCCCGAGAACGAGUGCUCACGUUCGUGUGGUGGAGGAGUUCAACUCGAGAAGAGACAGUGCAGUGGUGACUGCACUGGAGCUUCAGUCCGCUACAUCUCGUGUAACUUGAACGCAUGCGAGUCUGGUACUGAUUUCCGUGCUGAGCAAUGCUCCAAAUUCAACGAUGAGGCUCUUGAUGGAAACUACCACAAGUGGACUCCAUACAAGGGAAAGAACAAGUGCGAGCUCGUCUGUAAGCCAGAAUCUGGAAACUUCUACUACAAGUGGGCUGAUAAGGUUGUUGAUGGAACCAAGUGCGACUCCAAGAGCAACGAUAUCUGUGUUGAUGGGGAAUGUCUUCCAGUUGGAUGUGACGGAAAGCUUGGAUCUUCUCUCAAAUUCGACAAGUGCGGAAAGUGCGAUGGAGAUGGUUCUACCUGCAAGACUAUUGAAGGACGUUUCGAUGAGCGCAAUCUCUCUCCAGGAUACCAUGAUAUUAUCAAACUUCCAGAAGGAGCCACCAACAUUAAGAUUCAGGAAGCCAGAAAGAGCACCAACAACUUGGCUCUGAAGAACGGUUCCGAUCACUUUUAUUUGAAUGGAAAUGGAUUGAUCCAAGUUGAGAAGGAGGUUGAAGUCGGAGGAACUAUCUUCGUUUACGAUGACGCUGAACCAGAAACUCUCAGUGCUCAAGGACCACUCUCCGAGGAGCUCACCGUUGCUCUUCUCUUCAGAAAGGGAAGCCGUGAUACUGCUAUCAAGUACGAGUUCUCUAUUCCACUUGAGGAGGAAGUUGACUACAUGUACAAGUUUGACAACUGGACUCCGUGCUCUGUAUCAUGCGGAAAGGGUGUUCAAACCCGUAAUCUCUACUGUAUUGAUGGAAAGAACAAGGGACGCGUUGAGGAUGAUCUCUGCGAGGAGAACAAUGCCACAAAGCCAGAGUUCGAAAAGAGCUGUGAAACUGUUGACUGUGAAGCCGAAUGGUUCACUGGAGACUGGGAAUCUUGCUCAUCCACCUGCGGAGAUCAAGGACAGCAAUACCGUGUCGUCUACUGCCAUCAAGUAUUCGCUAACGGACGUCGUGUUACCGUUGAGGAUGGAAACUGCACCGUUGAGAGACCACCAGUAAAGCAGACUUGCAAUCGUUUUGCCUGCCCAGAGUGGCAAGCUGGUCCGUGGUCGGCUUGCUCAGAGAAGUGUGGAGACGCCUUCCAAUACAGAUCGGUGACCUGCCGCAGUGAGAAGGAAGGAGAAGAGGGAAAACUCUUGGCCGCUGAUGCUUGCCCAGCUGAUGAGCAAGAGAAGUUCGACACAGAGAGAACUUGCAAUUUGGGACCAUGCGAGGGACUUACAUUUGUCACUGGAGAAUGGAACUUGUGCACCCGCUGCAACGAUACUGAGGAGACUCGUGAAGUCACCUGCAAGGACUCCCAAGGAAGAGCCUAUCCACUCGAGAAGUGUUUGGUUGAUAACUCCACCGAGAUUCCAACUGAUACUAGAUCAUGCGCCACCCAACCACCAUGUGAGUACGAGUGGACCGUCAGUGAGUGGAGCAAGUGUACCACCGAAUGCGGACACGGACACAAGACUCGUCGUGUUAUCUGUGCCAUCCACCAAAACGGAGGACUCGAGGUUGUUGAUGAAGGACACUGUCAAGCUGAGAAGCCAGAAGGAAAGACUAACUGCACCAAUGAGGAGAAGUGUACUGGAACAUGGUACACAUCUUCAUGGUCCGAGUGUACCGCUGAAUGUGGUGGUGGAUCCCAAGAUCGUGUCGCUGUUUGCUUGAACUACGAUAAGAAGCCAGUUCCAGAAUGGUGCGACGAAGCCGUCAAGCCAUCUGAGAAACAAGAUUGUAACGUUGAUGACUGCCCAACUUGCGUUGACUCUGAGUUCGGAUGCUGCCCAGAUAACUCUACUUUUGCUACCGGAGAAUUCAACUUCGGAUGCUCUAACUGCUCGGAAACAGAAUUCGGAUGCUGUGCUGACAAUGUUACCGUUGCCACUGGACCUAACUCCAAGGGAUGCGAAGAAUUCGUUGAGUCUCCACUUAACCUUGAAGCUGAUGUUGCCAAUGCUGACGCUGAAGCUUCAGGAGAUGCUCCAGAACUCUGCAGCGUCACAAACGAGAACGGAGAAGCUGUUGAUGUUGAGUGUGCCACCAUUGCUCCAAUCACUGCUCUUCUUGGAGAUGGGGAACUUAUCGGAAAUGAUACUGAUGCUUCCAAUGAGACCAUACACUGCUCGAAGACCGAAUUCGGAUGCUGUCCAGAUUGGUACACCGCCGCCUCUGGAAAGGGUAACGAAGGAUGCCCAUCGUUCACUCUUGGAGGAUGUAACGAGACUCAAUUCGGAUGUUGUCACGAUGAUGUCACUCUUGCUCGUGGAGCCAACCUUGAAGGAUGCGGAGAGCCAUCUUGCGCUGCUUCCCUCUAUGGAUGCUGUAAAGAUCGUAAGACAAUUGCCUUCGGACCACACUAUUCUGGAUGUGAGCGAUCAUCCUUCCCAUGUGAGCUUAGCGACUUCGGAUGCUGCCCAGAUGGUGAGACUGCUGCUCUUGGAAAGAAUGGAACCGGAUGCGGAGAGAACUGCUUGACCACCAAGUUCGGAUGCUGCCCUGAUGGAAAGACCACCGCCAAGGGGUCCCACAACGAGGGAUGCGGAUGCGAGUUCGCCCAAUACGGAUGCUGCCCAGACGGAAAAUCAGUUGCCAAGGGAGCCGGAUUUUACGGAUGCCCAGAAAGCUGCGCCCAGAGCCAGUUCGGAUGCUGCCCAGACGGAAAGACUCGUGCUCGCGGAGAGAACAAGGAAGGAUGUCCAUGCCAGUACACCCGUUACGGAUGCUGCCCAGAUGGGGAGACUACUGCUCUUGGACCACGCAAUGAUGGAUGUGAUAACUGCCGCUACGCCAAGCACGGAUGUUGCCCAGAUGGAGAGACCAAGGCUCUUGGACCAGAUGGAGCCGGAUGCCCACCAACUACCACGCCACCAUUCCUCAUGGGAGGAACUGUUGCCCCACAUAAAAUCGCCGCCUGUAAUCAGACACAAGAAAGUGGAACCGUCUGCGGAGCCGGAUACAAGCUUGCAUGGCAUUAUGAUACCACUGAGGGACGUUGCAACCAGUUCUGGUACGGAGGAUGCGGUGGAAAUGACAACAACUUUGCUAGCCAGGAUAUGUGCGAGACUAUCUGCGUCGAACCACCAGGCAAGGGAAGAUGUUACCUGCCACGUGUUGAUGGACCACUCCGGUGUGACCAACUUCAGCCAAGAUACUAUUAUGAUCAUUCCAAGAAGCACUGUGUGGCCUUCUGGUGGAGAGGAUGUCUCGGAAAUGCCAACAACUUCAACUCUUUCGAAGAAUGCUCCAUGUUCUGUAAGGACGUUGGACCGUACGAUGCUCCAACCACCGCUGCUCCACCACCACCACCACAGCAAAAUGCUCAGCAAUACCUUCCAACUCCAGAAGUUCAACAGAUUGAGAUUCAAUCUGCUGAGCAACCUCAACCACAACAGCCACAACAACAGCAACAGCAACAACAGCAACAACCACAGCAACCACGUCAAUCAAUGGAAGACAUCUGCAGAUCCCGCCAAGACGCCGGACCAUGCGAGACUUACUCCGAUCAAUGGUUCUACAACGCUUUCAGCCAAGAAUGCGAAACCUUCACUUAUGGAGGAUGUGGAGGAAAUCUCAAUCGUUUCCGCAGCAAGGAUGAAUGCGAGCAGCGUUGUUUCUUCGUUCACGGAGCUCAGCCAUCCGCUGCCCGGCAGGAACAAGCUCAGCCAGCAGCUCAACCAGCUCAACCAGCUCAGCCAAGUAACAUCGUCUCUCCACCACAACAGUCAGCUAGUCCAGUUGUGGUUCCAUCGAACAGCAAACAACGCGAUGCUUGCCACCUCAACGUUGACCAAGGACGUUGUAAGGGGGCUUUUGACUCCUGGUACUACGAAGUUGCCACCGGAUCCUGCGUCACAUUCAAGUACACCGGAUGCGGAGGAAACGCCAACAGAUUUGCUAGCAAGGAUCAGUGCGAGUCACUCUGUGUGAAGCCAGCUUCUGAAGCUGCUUCAGCCGGAAUUGACGGUGCAGCUGGAAUCAACUCAGUUUGUGACGAAGCCAAGGACACCGGACCGUGCACCAACUUUGUCACGAAAUGGUACUACAACAAAGCCGACGGAACCUGCAACCGAUUCCAUUACGGUGGAUGCCAAGGAACCAACAAUCGAUUCGACAACGAGCAACAGUGCAAGGCUGCUUGUCAAAAUCAUAAGGAUGCUUGUCAACUUCCAAAGGUUCAAGGACCAUGCUCUGGAAAGCAUUCCUAUUAUUACUACAACACUGCCAGUCAUCAAUGCGAGACGUUCACUUAUGGUGGCUGCCUCGGAAAUACUAACAGAUUCGCUACCAUUGAGGAGUGUCAAGCGAGAUGCCCGAGUAAGUUCUAAGUUAAUAGUGAUAUAUGCUUUGUUUCCCCUUUAUUCUUUGACAAUUUUCAAAUACUUUUUGCAUAAUUACCUUAUUUCUAUUCCCUUCUGUUUCCCAUUUUCCUCCACCCGCUACAAAUUGUUUCCCGUACUCUCUCCUUUCUCACUUUCCCGUCCGAAGGGACACGGCAAUGCUGCCUAAAUGAACUGCCUAAUAAUAUUUAUGAAUUUUCCAAUUUUCUAAAAAAAAACAAUUCUCUCAAAAAAUUCCCUGCCGUUCCGCCACUGCUUUCUUCACCCAUUGUUGCGCUAUUUUUUUUAAAUAAAUGAAUAAAGCUGAAAUAGUUAACAGUUUCUGAAAUUGCAUGUAAGUUUGUAGUGUAUCAGUGUGUUUGUCGUGAAAGUUUUUUUUUACCUGCAUGAUUUCCUGAACUGCAUGAAACUGUUCUUAUUACGUUUUAGAUUUGCUGAAGUGUGCUAGAAGUGUGAUUUUGUUUCAGAAGACGACCAGACUACAACAACAUCACAACCAGAAGAGCUCCCAAGUUUGCCACUUGUUCAAGAAGAUCCUCAGCCACGACCGGCAUUUUCAUUGAAGUAAGCACGUGUAGUCCAAGUGCCUACUUCUCGUAUGACCAAAAAAUUUAAUAUAAGGUUUCCAAGUAUUAAGGAAUCAGUAGCAUGUAAAUUGUGUGGAUUGUUCUCCUGGGUUGAUGGGUUUUUUUCUCACUCACAAUCAGAUAUGGAGUAGCUUAUAUGGGAAUUUAUUUGAGAAAUAGAAUAUGUCAUAACAUCCAAAUUUAAUUAUUAAAAAGUUGUGAAGUUUCUCAUUAUGUAUAUAAAAUUCGCCUUUCAAAUAAGAACAAAAAUUAACUGUAUGAAAGAGCUGAAUUCAAUUUGAAAUUGAGAAAAUAACUGGUUCAAAAAGAAGAAAAACGUUGGAAAAUCUAGACGUAAAUCUAUGGAUUUUCUUUUCAGGUCGGGGAAAUUUCGACGAUUUUUAUAUUUUCAAAAAUCAUUCACAAAUAUACACCAAAAAUUAUUUUUACCAUAAUAAAAUACGGAAUUUCACUGGAUUACUGUAGUAUUCAUGUAAGGUUACUGUAUUGUUACUCUAGGGAUACUACAAGAAUAUUUUUGCAAAGUUGUAAGAAGUAUAGAGAUUACUGUAGAUUGAAAAUCUAGACAAAAAUCAUUUUCCGUAAUAAUCUGUGGGGAUAGAAUGUUGAAGGCACAAGGCUUAUAAAGCACCAUGGGAAAAAAUUUUAACAGUGAUUUUUUUAAGCAUAUCCUCUUUCCCAGGAAAUCCACUUUUCAAAUAUAUUCCCACUAAACUCUUUAAGACAAUCCUUCGCCCAUAGUCGUCGCCGUGAUGCUCCAUUUGCACGUUCCGUAUCCGCCCGUCACCAUACUCCUGAUUCCGAAGAGGAACGAGUUGACUGUUAUGCUGUUCCAGAUCCAGGAUCUUGCGGAGACUACCGUCUUGUUUGGCACUACUCUGCCACGAGUAACUCAUGCCGUCAAUUCUACUAUGGUGGAUGUGCUGGGAAUACGAAUCGCUUCGAGACCCGGGAUAAAUGUGAAACAUCGUGUGUUGCUAAGAUUGAAGAACGCGUGGAAAGUGUGUCAGAAGCUUCAAAAUCUCUGGAAGAGGUUAGACUAACGGAUCCAAGGAUGGAUUCUCACUUUGGAUAUCAUGAUCCAGAAGUUGAUCAAAUCGAAGAAGAAGCUGAAUAUGUCAUUGUUGAUACCGGAGCUCUACCUGAAUUAUGCAUGCUUCCAGAACAAAGAGGGUCUUGUUAUGAUAACAUUUUGAGAUGGAGAUUCGACUCUGAAAAGUCUCAAUGUGUAACCUUCAUGUAUUCUGGAUGUAAUCCAAAUGCAAAUCACUUCACUAGUCAGGAAACUUGUGAACGAGCCUGUGGUAAAUGGAGAAAUGUGGCAGUGUGCGAGUUGCCGGCCGAACACGGAGAUUGCCAACUUGCGAUUCCCAGAUGGUACCAUGACCCAAAAACAUCCCAAUGUCAAAUGAUGAUGUGGACUGGAUGCGGAGGAAAUGGAAACGCGUUCUCUUCAAAAGCAGACUGUGAAUCUCUUUGCCGAGUUGAGACAUUAUGGUCCAACAACACUGACUUCUGUACAUUGGAACGAUCGGCCGGUCCAUGUACAGAUUCUAUUUCAAUGUGGUAUUUCGAUUCAACUCAUCUCGAUUGUAAGCCAUUCACUUAUGGAGGUUGCCGUGGAAAUCAGAAUCGAUUCGUUAGCAAAGAGCAAUGUCAGCAGAGCUGCCGUCCUGGAGACACAAAAUCUGAGGAUAUCUGCACACUCCGCCCAGAGCCGGGACCGUGUCGGCUGGGACUCGAGAAAUACUUUUACGACCCGGUGAUCCAAUCCUGUCAUAUGUUCCAUUAUGGAGGUUGUGAGGGAAAUGCAAACCGGUUCGAUUCAGAGUUGGACUGCUUCCGACGAUGCUCGAGUGUCAAGGUUGAAGCAAGUGAAAGCGAGAGAGUGGGACAGCUGACGUCUGCAUCCACGCCAGUUAUUUAUAUUGUUAACAAAACAGCGAUUUUUGUUGGAAAUACUUUCCGAAUCCGAUGCAACAGUUACGGAGUGCUUCCAAUAACAUGGUACAAGAACGGAGGUCUCCUCCAGUUCGGCUCGCGAAUCACUGAAGAGAAUGAUGACACUUUGGAAAUUGUGGAUGCUUUAACUGCUGACGCCGGUGUCUACACUUGCAUUGCCGGCCAGGAUAGUACAAUGAGCGAGGGAGUCGAGGUUGUGAUCAAGAGACUUCCUGGUCACAGAACUACAUCUCGUCCAAUGCUGACACCAUCCAAGAACUUCUCCUUGGGAACCCCACCGACACCAUCUCCAUCUACAGUUUCUACAACACCCUUCCGAAUCUAUACGCCUGGAUCUGCUCCAUCUGAUGCUCGUGUAAGCCGCCCGACAAGCAAUUCCUGUAUGGAUGUGGGUAACGCGAGCACGUGCGAUUUGAUCGUGAAGAACGGUUUGUGCGGGAAGAAGCGAUAUGGAACAUUCUGCUGUCACACUUGCACCCGGGUUCAUAAUUUUAAAUUUUAAGUUUGGAUUUUUUGAUUUCAAAUUUUCAUUAAUCUUUUAAUGUUUUCUCCUUCAUAAUAUCUCCAUUGCGAGAUCUCUUUUUCCCUUCUCUUCCUAUACUUUCCCCUCAGACAAUUGGCUAAUUACUCGUUCGUUCCAGUAAAUAAAUAUGAAUUUA